AUGAUACACCACCCCGAAGGAUGCGCGAACAAGAAAAUCGAACACAACUCAGAACAGGUACCCCGACAAAAUGCCAUGGGCGUCGACAAUGAUAAUCAUCCAUCACCCUCCCGGACACUUGUCGCUGUAACUGUGCAGGUGAAGCGGCAAUCGUCGGACUUGCCAGCUCGCUGCGUUGUCGUUGUUGCGGACUCGAGAGGUGGCCCAUUCGUCCCUCCCCUUGAGCCGCUGUCGUUGUACUUCUGCAGUUGA